AUGCGGAAUAUAUUGGGAUCUGUCGCGGGCAGCUGGAUGUGGAGGACCCGAGAGGUCAAACUUAUAAACACAUCCUCAGGUGACACUGUAACUAUUGGAGACAUCUCGUACAAACUGAAAUCAACAGAGAAUCCAGAACUUGUCCCUGUCAAACACAUUUCAGACUCGCCUCCACAGACAGUGGCCCAACAUUUACGAUGGAUUAUGCAGAAAGAUCUACUGGGUCAAGAUAUGUUUCUGAUUGGACCACCAGGGCCCUUACGACGUUCCAUAGCCAUGCAAUAUUUGGAGCUGACUAAACGAGAAGUUGAAUAUGUAGCCCUUUCCAGGGACACGACAGAGACCGAUCUGAAACAAAGAAGAGAGAUUCGCUCAGGGACAGCCUUCUAUAUCGACCAGUGUGCAGUUCGAGCGGCGACUCAGGGCCGUGUGCUGGUGUUGGAGGGGCUGGAGAAAGCGGAAAGAAACGUGCUGCCGGUGCUCAACAAUUUGCUGGAGAACAGAGAGAUGCAGCUGGAGGACGGACGCUUUCUCAUGUCAGCCGAGCGCUACGACAAAUUACUGCAGGACCACACUAAAGAGGAGUUGGACAGCUGGAAGAUUGUCCGUGUGAGCGAGGACUUCCGGGUCAUUGCUCUCGGUAUUCCUGUUCCCAAGUACAAGGGGAAUCCUCUUGAUCCACCGCUCCGCUCUCGGUUUCAGGCCAGAGACAUUUAUUACUUACCAUUUAAGGACCAGCUAGAGUUGUUGUACACAGCUGGGCCAAACAUUGGUGCAGAGAGGGUGUCACAGUUGUUAUCAUUAGCAACUACGCUAUGCUCCCAGGAAUCAUCCAACCUGGGACUACCUGACUUUCCAGUGGACAACCUGCCAUCAGCUCUAGAAAUGCUGAACGUGUUUCCCAUGUUGUCAUCACAGCAGUUUGUACAAAGACUGUAUCCUUACAAAAGCAUCUUGGGAAAAGAGGGAUGCACUGCUGUGGAGAAUGUUCUCAGUAGAUUUGAGCUCCUGGAUGGUCGUAGGCAGCAAGCACCAACCCAUGUUCUGAAUGUUUCACCUGUUAACAAUUCAAAGGGCCAUGCAGUGGUGUCUUUAGAUGUGGCUGGAAAAGAAGUGACCAUUGAGGUGCAGUCUGGGAUCAAUGAACUACGUCAGCCCAACCACACUCCACUGUUCGUCAGCACACAGAGCCAGUCGCAGCUGAUCGCAGAGCUGAUCCAGUCACAUUUGGUCAAGGAUAUAUGUCUCAUUGGAGCUAAGGGCUCCGGCAAGUCUGCAGUUGCCAGAGAGUUUGCCGAAACAUUGGGAUACAGUGUUGAGCCGGUGAUGCUUUACCAGGACAUGACUGCAAGGGACCUACUCCAGCAGAGAUUCACUCUUCCUAAUGGCGACACAGCAUGGAGGCCCUCUCCUCUUGUCGUUGCAGCAUUGGAAGGCAAGCUUCUGCUGCUGGAUGGGAUACACCGGGUAAAUCUAGGAACUUUGGCUGUAUUAUCAAGGUUACUACAUGACAGGGAGUUGGACCUAUAUGAUGGAACCAGGCUUCUGCGAUCGGACAGAUACCAAGCAUUGAAAGAAGAACUGCAGUUUACUGACCAGCAACUUCAAGAAAGAUCCAUCUUUCCUAUACACCCGUCUUUCCGGGUUCUGGCGCUAGCAGAGCCCCCAGUGGUUGGUGCCAAUAGUAGCAGCAGCAAAGGUCAGCAGUGGUUGGGUCCAGAACUGCUUACAAUGUUUCUCUACCACACUGUCACACCGAUGAGCAAGGCAGAAGAGAUGCAGCUCAUAGAGGGGCUGGCUCCCAAUGUACCAAAGGAGGCUGUAGAGCAGCUCCUGCACCUCACUCACAGCCUACGCAGCACGCAUGACCCUACGGCGCAGUCUCUGGCCUCUUCUCUCUCUACUCGACAGCUGCUGAGGAUCUGCCGCCGUCUCUCUGAAUAUCCUGAGGAGAGUAUUGCUUAUGCAGUCAACAAGGCCUGUCUGUCUCGGUUUUUGCCCAGUCUUGCACGUGCCUCUCUGCAAAAAAGCCUUUCCAACGCUUCUAUAGAAAACAGACCAGAACUCGGAGAAGAUUCUCAAAGCUACAAUUGUGCAGUAAAAGAUGGUGUUUUGACAAUAGGGGGUGUGUCAGCUCCUGUGUAUAACCCUGAUAUGAAGUUGAAAGUCCCAGAUGUGCUAUUCUAUGAUAAUCCACAGCACAUGAAGGUGAUGGAGGACAUGCUGAAAGACUUUCUUUUAGGAGAACACCUUCUCUUAGUGGGCAACCAGGGUGUUGGAAAAAAUAAAGUUGUCGACCGAUUUUUGCACCUUCUGAAUAGACCCAGAGAAUACCUACAGCUCCAUAGGGAUACAACUGUACAAACACUGACACUUCAGCCUUCAGUCAGAGAUGGGAUAAUUAUCUAUGAAGAUUCCCCUCUGGUAAAAGCAGUUAAAAUGGGGAAUAUCUUAGUAAUCGAUGAGGCUGACAAAGCCCCCACAAAUGUCACCUGUAUCCUCAAAACGCUUGUGGAAAGUGGAGAGAUGAUUCUAGCAGAUGGACGAAGAAUCAUUUCUGAUCCACGAGAAUCAAGUAAUAGACCAAACUCCAUAGUCAUGCACCCGGACUUCAGGAUGCUGGUCUUGGCCAACAGACCUGGUUUCCCUUUUCUGGGGAAUGACUUCUUUGGCGCGUUAGGUGAUAUCUUCAGCUGCCAUGCAGUGGACAAUCCAAAGCCUCAGGCUGAGCUGGCGAUGCUGAAACAGUAUGGUCCAGGCGUGCCCGACUCCACUCUGCAGAAGUUGGUGGCCGCUUUCGGAGAGCUGAGGUCUAUGGCAGACCAGGGCACCAUCACUUACCCCUACUCUACCAGAGAAGUUGUGAACAUUGUCAAACACCUGGAGAAAUUCCCGGAGGAGGGUUUGGCCAACGUGGUGCGAAACGUCUUUGACUUUGACUCCUACAACAAAGACGCGAGGGAGGUUCUGAUCGAGGCGCUGCAUAAACACGGGAUUCCAAUUGGAGCCAAGCCGACGUCCGUCAAACUGGCCAAGGAGUUGCCCCUUCCAGAGGUAAAGAUGACGGGACACUGGACCAUUGGCCAAGGAAUCAACUCUCGUCGCAAAAUGCUCUGUCCAACUGAGACUCGCCCCAUUGACAUCAAGGGCCCUGCUUUUCUGCGUGUUCAAGGAUAUCCCUGCAACCGACAAGAAAGUCGCGCUUUGAGCUUUACAGAAGAAAAAGCCCACUGGCAGCUUCCCAUGAAUGAAGUCAACAUUAUUUGUGAUGUUACCUCCAGUGACGAUGUGCUUUAUGUGGCGACCUGUAAUCCUGUGUCACUGUACUCGAUGAAAGAGCAGGGAGACACAAUCCACUGCAUAGAGCUCUACGACGUGUUCCCCAGGACCAUCAGUGGGGUCUGGCAGCCCUUCGUCACUAUUGCUCCGCUAGGCAGCCCACUGGAUGGACAAGUGGUUCUACAUGAAGAACAGAGCAACACGGUUCUUCAUGUGGACAUGGUGACAGGUGCAGUGCGAAGACUUCUCUUGUCUGCAGAAGGCGAGCAGCCUAGUGCCAGAGCCUCCCACUGGUGGAGCAGCAGUAAAGAGCAACAGGGGGUGAAUAAAAUGUGCUGCGAAUUUGCCCAUAAAAACUGGCUUAUGUUUUACAAGGAGGAUGGUAACCAGCUGGAUGUGCUGGACGUACUGGAGGGCCGCUUGCAUUCCAUCUCACUUCCGAUCAACCUCAAGUCAGUUUACCUGGUGGCGGAGGAUCGCUGGUUACUUUUAGAGAGCAACACCAACAAAAAGUUUCUUCUGACUAAGCCCAUGCACACAGCAGCUGAAGACUCAGGCGUGUGUCAGCUCCACAGCAUCAGCGAGGAUUCAGUAAAUGCUGGUCAUGGAGCCAGCUCUGCGGAAGUCAUCACACCCCAAAUGCUUUCAAAUGAGCAACUGCCCAAUGAAAAUCUCAGCUCAGCUCUUGGCCAGAAGAUUAUUUCGCCCAAUCGUUUACUGGCUGACACGGGCUCAUUUGCUCGGAUCAUUGUAGGAUUCCCUGAUUUGAUGUCCCCAAAUGAGGUGUACAGCUUUAACAGGCUCACAGACCUGUCUGUGUUAAAGAGCAGUGGUGAUGGGGGUGGUAACACCUUUUUCAAAGGAGGGCUUCGCUCCAGUUCUCCUAAAAGGAACAACUGUGUCAGCCUGCUCUCACAUAAUCAAGUGGUCCGUGCACUACCACCGAACAAGGUCCCCCUGAAAGAAAUAUUCCCCAAAGAUGUCACUCCACCACUGACUGCUGCUUAUUUGGAAGUUACUGACUUGAACUCGAAAAAAUUGAAGUACAUUCCAGUGCCUAGGUCCGCGUCCGUGUCUCCGUACACUAACUGGUUGUCUAAAGUGUCUGAGUCGGAUGUGCUGCUGGCCUCUCUGGCGUCUGGAGGGGUCUUCACUGUGGACAUGGGGGGAUACGUGCGCCUCUGGGAGACCGGGUUUGACACUCUGCAGCGAUCUCUGAUGGAAUGGAGGAAUAUGAUUGGAUCGGAGGACGGGCGACCGUUGCAGAUAACAAUUCAGCGAGACAGCGGCAUGGAUGUCUCUGCCCCAAAGCACGGGAAAGUCGAUGCACAGAACGCCCCUCAUGUUGGUGGGAACCAGUGGGCUGGCGGCACAGGUGGCAGGGACACUGCAGGCCUGGGUGGUAAAGGAGGCCCAUAUCGUCUUGAUGCAGGACAUAAAGUGUACCAGGUGUCUCAGGCGGAGAAGGAUGCUGUGCCAGAGGAAGUUCGGAAAGCGGCUCGUGAAAUGGCUGAAAAGGCCUUCAAAGACAGAUUAAAAGAGAUCAACAUGAGUGAAUAUGAUGCCCAAACAUACGAGCGCUUCUCUAGUGCUGUCAGACGCCAGGUGCAGUCUCUGCGCAUCAUACUGGAAAGUUUACAGGCAAAAGGCAAAGAGCGGCAAUGGCUGAAGAACCAGGCUCUGGGCGAACUGGACGAUGCAAAGAUCAUCGAUGGUCUGACAGGAGAGAAGGCUAUAUAUAAACGCAGAGGAGAGCAGGACCCAGAGCCUGGAACGCCACAGCAAAAGCCCAAGAGGUUACGCGUGUUAGCAGACGUGUCUGGCAGCAUGUAUCGCUUCAAUGGAGUGGACGGACGGUUAGAGCGAUCCAUGGAGGCUGUGUGUAUGGUCAUGGAGGCCCUGGAGAGCUAUGAGCACAAGUUCAAGUAUGACAUCAUGGGUCACUCUGGGGAUGGCUUUGACAUUGAGCUCGUCAGAGCUGACAAGGUUCCAAAUAAUAACAAGGAGAGACUAAAAGUUUUAAAGACGAUGCAUGCACAUGCACAGUUCUGCAUGAGUGGAGACCACACUCUGGAAGGGACUGAAGCCAGUAUCAAGGAGCUCUCUCGAGAGGAGUCUGACGAGCUCUUUGUGGUGGUUCUGAGUGACGCCAACUUAGAGCGAUACGGGAUCCGACCUGAGCGCUUUUCAACUGUCCUGACCGCAGACCCUCAGGUCAACGCUUUCGCGAUCUUUAUUGGGUCUCUGGGCGACCAGGCAGAAAGACUGCAGAAGACCCUCCCCGCUGGCAGAUCCUUUGUCGCCAUGGACACGAAGCAGAUCCCCCAAAUCCUGCAGCAGAUCUUCACUUCCACAAUGCUGUCCAGCGCCUGA